GAUAGGAGAGUUGUCUACCCCACUAUAAUGAGGCGUCAGAGGAGUCGCUUUGAAUGGGUAUAAAACACUAGAUGAAAGACCGCAAUUUCACAUCCAUUGUCCCCUCCUUUGUUCUCACUCACAAUGAAGACUACUAUCCUGUUGUUGGCUACUGCUGUCUCCUUGGUUCUUGCCCUUCCCGUCGAACGCGCUGCUCCUGUCAAUGAGGUUGCUGCCAUGAACAAGCGUGAUGUUGCUUCCGUUCAGGUCGAUGUUAUGGAACGUGACAUCGCCCUUCUCUCAAGAAACGAUGAUGAGGACUGCGAUGAUGAUGAUGAUGAUGAUGAUGAUGAUGAUGAUGAUGGUGAUGAUGGUGAUGACGGUGAUGACGAUGGCGAUGAUGAUGGCGAUAAUGACGAUUGCGAUUCUGGUGAUGCCCUCAUCAGUGCAUUGAACUGCCUCGACCUCAAUGCCUCCAAUAUCGGCAAUGAUGCUGACGCCAAGAUCUUGCGUCGUUCAGAGAAGCGACGUCUUUAAACUCAUCAAGUAACCCAUACCGGUGGCUAUCCCUCUAGCAAGCCUAGGAUUUCAAAACGAUAUACCACUAGACUUCUUGAACGUCAUUUCAUUACUUUCAAAUUUUUAUCAAAAAUUUGUAGUACUCCAUCAAAAUACCCCUCCUUUACCAGUCAGGGUAUGAGAUACAUUAGCAAUAAACAUAUCAUAUUUCUCUCAUAUACUGCAAUGUUGC